AUGCAUGUGUGGCAGGUGUCCUCUGCCGGCUUUUCACGACUUCAAGCUAGUGGUUGUGAGGAGUUCGUGGAGUUGAGCCCCAACACCUUUCCAGCGAACGUCAGGGGUCGGCUAUACUGUGUGGCUUAUCGGCUCUCCUUGCCUGUGAUCACUGGCAAAGUUUACCAAAAGUUUUACACACAGUUUGUGCAUGCACGCUGCCCGGUGUGCACCACGACAUCUUCGAUCCCCACGCUGUGCCUGCUUUGUGGUACUUUCCUGUGCUGCAACUCGGAGUGCUGCAGGAGAGAAGGUGAAGGAGGGCAGCUGAUGGGGGAAGUGACGCAGCAUGCGCAGGUCUGUGGCUUUGGGACGUGUAUUUUCUUGCAGCUCUCCAACUCGCUAGUGCACAUCGUGUCCGACGGUCUCAUUACGUGUGGCUUGCUCAGGCGACAGGUACAACUUGUCCCGGCCAUUGUACAUAUCAGAGCUGCGACUGCAGCAGCUGACACAGCUGCCAUCUUAGCGGUCCCGGUUGAAGUGGAAGAAGUUGAUUUUCGUGCCUUUGGCAGGUCUUCACUUGCCGCCAUUGCAGCCUUGGUCGCUGGAAUUCUGAAACGGCUCAAGUCGUUUGAAGUUCAGGGCUGUUUGUGUUUGUCUUCCGAUGGCAUGUCUACCUACUCCUUGCAGUCGCCUCCUGGAGCGCCUCCUGGUCCUGGGCAAGGUUUGCAGAAGCGCCUCACUUCGGUAGUGCGUCCAGCUGCACAUCCGGGUUCAGUUCCCUACUAUGUCCGUGCACCAGCCCCAGCAGUUCAAGUUCAAGUUGCCGGUGCUCCCCGUCCGGGCGGCCCGGGCGUCGGCCCGGGCGUCCCGGGUGUCGCUCAAUCGGCCGCUCCUUUGCCUCGGCCCGUGCGAUGGAGCGUGGCCCCGGGCACUGUGACUUCCCCACUUGCAGGCCAUCCAGGCAUGCCCGUUGUCAGGCCAGUGCCGGUCGUGCCAAAGCAGCCGAUCCCAGCUGCGCCUGCAGUUGUCCAAGCUCCCCGUCCCGUAAAUGCCGCAAACCCCGUGCCAGUGCCACAGCCUGGCCACGUCCACCCUUUACAAGUCCUCGGCCAGUCUUUGGCCGUGGCCCAGGCCCCAGCGCAAGCAGAGCAGGAGCCUGAAACCUCUGAGGAGACGCGACCGGAGAGUGAGGCUUCCUCCACAACUUCGCCAAGAAGUGCACCAAGCCCAGCGGGAGCCACCGCGAGCCCCCCUACAGACUCGCCGAACGAUUUAAAGACACCUGAACCGACUGGAACGCCAAAAGGCCAGCCUGUUCCUGCCGUGGAAGAACUGCAAAGCAAGAAGGUAGCUGCCGAGUCCAACUCGGAUACAAAGCCGGCAGAAAAACCUAGAGACAGCAGUUGCACAAAGUCAGCUCGUCAUCGUGAUCAACCUGCCUUGGCAGUUCUUGCUGCGGCAUUCGCUGCUGGCACAGCAGAUGAUGUGCACCUACAACGUGGCUUUGCAGCCGAUGUGCGCAAACUGGAGCUUCCGGAAGCAGGAUUGUAUCCGGACAUAGAGGACAUGGGUUCGGCCGAGUGGCCUACCUGGGUCGACAGUACAGCGGAGGACCUCG